CUUGUAGGGAUGACUUUACUGGUGGCGCGUGUUUGUUUAGGCGCACACACCCACAGGUCCCACUCUGAUACCCACGUGGAGCACCCCUGAGGCACGCCCGGUGGUAGCCACGCCCCCGUGCCGUGACGCCCCGCAGCAUGACCAAGGCGGAGGACCUCGCCCGCCAGCUCGUCCAGGCGCGCAACGAACUCAACAACCUCAGGAAGACCGUCCGAGGGCUGCAGGCUGAGCACCGUAAGGAUGUGUCUGCGCUGAAGGAGGUGAUAGCCGGCACACCCACCCUCACAUCCACACCCCAAGCACCUAAGGCACCCCAGCAGCAGGCCGUCCUUUCUGAUGAACACCUCUUUCAUGGCUGGAGGCCCAUUGGCCACAUCAAAUCCUGGUUCCGCACCAAAAAUGGGACACCGAGGCAGGGCAGCGUAAGCAGCCUAACGAGGGGUGUGCUGAGGCUCGCCCCACACACCUUCACCAACCCUCACCAUGCACUCCAGGGCCUUGAAGACUUCUCACAUGUUUGGAUCUUGUUUGUGUUUGAUAAAAAUGAAGAGCGAGGAGGCAGGAGUCACUGCCGGUCCAAGGUGGCUCCCCCCAGGCUGGGCGGACAGCGUGUGGGGGUGUUUGGCACACGCUCACCCCACCGACCCAACCCUCUUGGCCUCACCCUUGCCCGCCUUGAUAAAGUAGAGGGGGACUGCCUCCACCUCUCGGGUCUGGACAUAUUAGAUGGAACACCAGUACUAGACAUCAAGCCUUAUAUCCUGCAGUAUGAUGCUCCACCUGUGGUUGCUUCACACUUUACUGAUCCUACAAGAGUUGCAUCCAGGACUUCACUUGAUAAGGAUGUAGAUUCCUUAUUUCAUGAUGAUAGAUUACUAGGAGGGAAAUUUAGGGAAAAGACCAGUGAAGGAGAAACUAAACCUAAUUGUGAUGGAGCCCUGAACAGUAUGCAAAGAGAAGUAUAUAAGCAUGGGAUUAGUAAAGAUGAAAAUGUGGAGAGUUUGAUCCAUAAUGCCAAGCCACAAAGAGGAAAAUAUAGCCAUGAGAGAAGUAAAGAACAAAAUAAACCUAAAUCUGAGAGAGGAAAGAGAUAUGUCGAAAAGGAAGAGAGAGAGGAGACAGAGAUGUUGGAUGUUGGUAGUGAUAUAAAGGAGGCAGAAAAAGGUCAUCAUGUAGAGAAAAUAAGAGAAGAUGAAAAGAAAAUGAGGCUAAAUGAGAUGGUGCAUGUUCAUGGUGAUACUGAGGAGUCAAGAAAGUGUCGAGAGGAAAAAGUAGUUGUAAAGAGGAGUGAGGAAAAUGAAGGAGCAGUGUUGAUUCCAGAGAGUCAGUAUGAAAAAGGAGAUGAAGAAAGGAGUGAGGAAAAAGGAAAAGAUGCAGUGGCGAUGGCUUCAUGGGUAUCUGAACCUCCUACAGUGGCCCUUCAAGUUCUCUUCAACCCCAUAGCAGAGAAACAAGUGCAGGCUUUCUCCCGCCAAGCUAAGGAUGAGAAGUAUAGACUUGAGUACCUGGCUGACGGAGAGGAGUUGAGGGAGGCCAUCACCAGCGUUCUCAGGCAAGACCCUCGCUCAGUCUACAGGCGGGAGAAGUGUGCGUCCCUGCUGUACUACCUCUGCGUGGACUCAGCACACGUCACUGCCUGGUUUGAGGGGUCCUGUGCUGAGGUGCUGAGGGUGCAGCCACUCAGCACACAGUCCCAUAACCCAGUACACUAGUCAGGAUCUUCGUAAUUCUUUCCUAGUCUUGUAGUAAUUAGCUGUUUUCUUUCUUUUUUCUUUUUCUUUUUUAUAUCUCUUACUCCCAUGUUUGUUUUUUCUCUUGCAUAAUAUGGUUUCUUUCAGUUCCCAAGCUGUAUUAAUUUUUCACCUAUCUGUAUGAAUAUUGUACAAUAUAUACUGUAUUAGAAGAUAUGUAUUGUAUUUUUAUAUAUCCAGAAGCUAUUUAUAUGGAAGUUUUGUAUGUUCAUCAAAAAAAUGAUAAAAGUAUUCAGUGUUUUAUACUAUGCCUAAAGGUAAACUGAAGGAAAAGUGAUAAUAAUUCCAUAAAGAUAUAUACUCUAUAAAACAACGGAUGAACCAGUUGUUAUUCCAGCCAGGGGUUGGUAAUGUCGAGCCGGCAUGAGAACAAAGGACAGCAAUAUGACUGUAAAGACAACCACAAGGCCAAGGGGAGCUAAGAGGGAAAAAAAAGUCGACAUUAGAAGUAAUCAACCAAAAAUUAAAUGCAUAGAUUGACAUGCAAGUAAACUAUUGGUUGCAGAAUGUAACUAAAAUGAAUGAGGGGAGUUCAUCCAUGAGCUGA